AAUGGUAUUGAAGAGGAAGAGACAAGGCUCGCGAACAGGCUCCAUUUCAGUCCAAUGGCUAAAUUUUAAUUCGUAGACUGAACUUGAAAACGAGAACAGCUGGAACGGGAUGUUGACAGCGUUCACCUGUCCCGCAGCUCGCGGAAUAUAUAAAGAAUUAUUAUGGUUGUAUUGUUAUAAAACACUUUAAAUAAAAGAUUAAAGGUCAGCUCAUCAGACUGGGAAAUGUUCACUUUGUUAAAUAUUCUUGUCUUUUGUCUUGUGCGAUUUCAUGUGGUUGCCGACUCCUCACUUCAGGCAUCUGUAAUAAAGGCAAGGACACUAUCUUCUACAAGAUUGAAGAAAUUAACAGAGAGUAUUAAUUAUGAAGAAUUCAAUAUUUUGCUUCAACCUAUUUUAAAGAGUCGUGUUCCAGGCACUGUUGGUCAUCAUGCUGUUAAAGAGUAUCUCAUCAAGUUUUUCACAGACCUGGGCUGGGAAGUCACACAAGAUGAAUUUGACAAAAAUACUGUGAUUGGACCAAAGCGUUUCACUAACAUCGUCGUGACUGCCAACCCCAAUGCCAAGAAAUUUGUAUUGUUAACAGCUCAUUAUGACAGUAAGUUGAUGAAAGGAAAUAAAGAAUUUCUUGCAGCAUCAGACUCAGCAGUUCCUAUUGCCAUGAUGAUGUUAAUUGCCAAGAGUUUGGAUUUGGAUCAAUUGAAAAAGAAAAAUGACUACAGUAUUCAAUUGGUAUUCUUUGAUGGAGAAGAAGCAUUUGUACAGUGGACAUCUGAAGAUUCUCUCUAUGGUUCUACUCAUUUAGCUGAAUUGUGGUCUCAACCUGAUGGAAAUAAUAUUAACCACCUUUCAAAAAUUGAAUUUUUUGUCCUGCUGGAUCUUCUUGGUGAGAGAAAUCCAAAAUUUUACAGUGGCUUUCCUGCAACACAUCGCUAUUUUGAGCGUCUGCAGCACAUUGAGAAACGGCUUCAAAAACAAGGCUCAAUAUCAAAAGAAAACUCAUAUUUUAUUGGUGGACUUCAACCUUCGCCACUGGGAAUACAGGAUGAUCAUAUUCCAUUUAUGGAAAAAGGAGUAUCAAUUCUUCAUAUAAUCCCUCUACCUUUUCCUGGAUGUUGGCACAAAUUCUGUGAUAAUGGAAGCAAUAUUGAUCGUCAAACUGUCCUCGAUCUUCUUAAAAUCUUUCACACAUUUUUUAAAGAAAUCAUGCGAACCUAACAUGGUCUACAAAAAAUUUAAUUUGUUUAUGAAUGCACUGUAAUUAGUGUUAUAUUGGUUCAUGAUAGAUUCUAUGAAAGAUGCAAAUACAUAAUAUAUAAUAUAUAAUAUAUAAUAUAUCAUAUUAAUCACAACAUGAAA